AUGCGCCAGAAAAUUAUGUACCAAAGUGGCCGAGCCCUGGAGUUCGUUCGGGAGCAGCUCUCACGGGGCGGCGGAGUCCAAUUUGCCGAGCCGCCGGCAAGAAUUGCCCCUCCGCGUCUUCUCGAUGCCGUGCUAGAACAACAAGAGACGUGGACACAGGCAGACAACCGCUCGACCAACUCCCUGGAAGGAAAAGGAUGCCACCCAACCUACCAGCUUCAUCCUACCUGUUCCUUCGCGAAGAAAAGGAGGCUUCAACAUCGCCAUUUUGGGGAUCUGACAACCACUUCGCUUGAUCUCGGUGGCAGAAACAAGGGGCUUGGAGUGGGAAGACGCCAAAAGUGGCUGACAGGGGCAGACGACAUGGGGGGACGGCAAUGCGAGAUGGGAAUUGGACAAUUGGACAGUGCCCCUGGGGCCAACCGGUCGGGUUUCUGGGCGCCAACGACUGACAAAAAGUCCCUACGCAGUCAAGCAGUCUGUCACAGCCGCAGCACAAGCCCGGCUGAUCUGUCCAUCCAUAGCUUUGGUUUGCAAAGCGUCCUUGACCGUCGCAUGUUGGUCUUCACACUACUGCCAGUUUACCUCAUCUCCGGGCCUCGCAAUGCCUUCAUCGGAGCCUAUCCCCUUGAGGCACAGAGCUUUCAGCCCACUCGCCCACACUCAGGCGAACCUGAUGCCGGGGACCCCACACGACCAAGCGGCACUCAAAGACAUUCUCGCUGGCGGCCAUUGGAGAGGCCUGAGUACCGGUACUCCAUAUCUACAGAAGAUUCAGUGGAGAAGCUAGCGUCCUCUGAAGCAGCAACACAAGGCGCGAACGAUGUCUUAGACAUGAUCGUCAGAGGACGACAGACGACUUGCUGCGACGCCGCGGAGCUGUCUCUGUGUCGCAGUGAGGCAGCGUCUACUCCGUACAAGUGGCAUGCAUGUGCGACCGCCAGCAUCGGUACUCGUAUUACCAGCGCUUCGGACGUGUGUACUCAAAGCAACAAAGCUAUCCCCAAACAACCAGCCGGAGCCAAAGAGUAUGGCGCCAAUCACGACCCCGAGUCCAUCGCCGCCUUGACGCCCGGUAGUGGUCCAUCUCCUUCCACGGCAAUGCUUAUUCUCUUCUCUCAGAGCGGAGCGUACAUCACCCUUGCCCAUCGCCAGGACCUUGACGUUUUGCCCAGGAAAGGGCCGGAACAGAUCAGUAGCAGCAUCAAGUAG